AUGAACGCGCUGGAGGGGCAGCAGCCCCCCGGCGCGCACGAGCUGCUGGACGUGGCGGCCGUCUACUGCGACAACCUGAGCCUCUUCCAGGCGCCUGCGGCGCACAGAGCCCCGGCUCACGCCGCGGGCUUCGGCCUGGGGGACCCGGGCGGCGGCGGCGGUAGCAGCCCGUACCUGUGGCUCAACGGCUCGGCCGUGCCGCCCAACCCCUACCUGGCGGCCGGGCCCAGCGGAGCAGCCGGGCCCUUCCUGCCUGCGGCGUACGGGGCGGGCGCCCGGCAGCUGCUGGCCGCCCCCUCGGCGGGGCCCGAGCUGAGCUGGCUCUCGCUGGCCGCCGGGCAGCAGCAGGACUUCUUCAAGCUGGUGCGCCCGCCCUACUCGUACUCGGCGCUCAUCGCCAUGGCCAUCGAGAGCGCGCCCGACAAGAAGCUCACCUUGAGCCAGAUCUACCAGUACGUGGCCGGCAACUUCCCCUUCUACAAGAAGAGCAAAGCCGGCUGGCAGAACUCCAUCCGCCACAACCUCUCCCUCAACGAUUGCUUCAAGAAGGUGCCCCGCAAUGAGGACGAUCCAGGUAAAGGCAAUUACUGGACGCUGGAUCCAAACUGUGAGAAGAUGUUUGAUAAUGGCAACUUCCGGAGGAAGAGGAAAAGGCGAUCUGACCCAGUUCACGGGCCCGGAGGCCCUCACAAAGCAGAGGACAAAAGCAACAGUGGUGUUGUGCAACGAGCCCUGGAACCCCGCAGCUUGGGCUCUGGUGAACUGCGCUGCUCUCCAAGUACCAUGAAUGACUGCAAGCCCCCCAGCCUGAACUCUGGCCGUUGUUUCUCCACCUUCAUCUCCACCAUGAAUGCCGUGGCCCAUAGCCGAAAUGGCUUUCCCAGGCAGAUUUCUGGUGGGCCGGGCUCUGAAUUCACACCAGGGAGGCAGAGUGGGCACAGCUUGAGCUCUUGCUCUGCUUCCAACAGCAACCCACCUGCAGGAUUUGAACUCAGUUCUCCGUCCCACUCCAGAAUGAAUUACUAUGCAGGUGCUGGUGGACAGUCCAGCUGGCUUAGCACUCCUGUCCUGAACACCUUCAGCAUGAACAAUCUGAUUUAUAGCAGGGAAGGGACAGAAGUUUAA